AUGAGUAACGCAACCAAGGGUAAAAGAGGCACCAUAGACCAGCUGCUACGAUCGGUGAAGAGCCAGGUGUUUGAAGACGAACAGAAUCAAGAAAACGGCAGUAGCACAGAACUUGCCGCUGACUCAGCGCCCAGGAAACUGCUCAAUUCCUGGACCUUUUCCAAGACACAGCAAUUGCAGGCGCGGUCGACAUCGAACGCCUCGCUCAAAUCGCUCAAAAGCGAGCCUGUGAGCCCAAAACUGGAGCCCGACUCGGGGUCAGUAUGCAAGGAUGCCGAGAAUGAGGAAAUAGAGCAACCCAAGGAAACCAAAGACCGUGCGCAAUCGUGGUCGUUCUGGUCCAGAAAUACUAGACCCGUGGAGCAACCGACCCCGAUAGAGACAGAUGCUACGCUGUCUGAACCGGUGAGGCAGGAGCCAGCCGAUUCACCCAAGAAGAAAAAACAGAAACUGUCGUCUGCACCGAGCAGGCCCGAUUUGGUGGUGCCGCAAUUCGAGUCGUUGCCGUGUAUUACAGCCGGAAAUUACGUUUAUUCCGCCCUCAAUGGUAUAAAGUCUCUGGCCGGGUACGAGCCAACGCCAAUAGGCCAUCUCAGCAGAAAAAUCCGUGCGUCCAACUUCCGACGAGUGCUCAUCAUUGGCGUCCACGGGUUCUUCCCGACCAAAAUGAUCCGCCCGCUUAUUGGGGAGCCCACAGGGACGUCUGCACGAUUUGCACGGGCGGCAGAAGAUGCUAUCAGCGCGUGGGCCCAAGAGCAGGGAAUGAGCAUCGAGACACAAAAAAUAGCACUUGAAAAGGAAGGCAAGAUCUUCGACAGAGUGGAGUUCUUCUUUGAGGCAAUGCAGAAGUGGCACGAGGAGGUGGAAAAAGCUGAUUUCAUCUAUGUGUGUGCGCAUUCACAGGGCACUCCGGUAGCCAUGAUGCUGAUUUCCAAGAUGAUAGAACAUGGCCUCAUCGCAGACAAUAAACGCAUAGCCAUCUUAGGAAUGGCAGGUAUCAACAUUGGUCCUUACUACGGAAUGGACCAGUCGCUAUUUAUUAGGGCCUAUUCGUCUAUCGAGAAUGAGUCCAUGCUGGAGCUCUUCCAGUUUCAGAAUUUCCAGAGUUUGCAAAGCCGCAAAUAUUUAGAAAGUGUGCGCAAUCUGAUCGCUCACAACGUGAAGAUCACGCUAGUGGGCUCUGUCAACGACCAAUUGGUUCCUCUUUACUCCUCGAUCGGCUACCAUGUCUCGCACCCCAACAUAUACAAAGCGGUCUACAUUGACGGCAAAUCGAACACUCCAGACUUUGUCGCGCGCAUAGUGAAGCUCUCGUGUAUGCUACAGAACUUGGGGUACACGGAUCACGGAGUGAUUGCGGAAAUGAGCCACGCCUUGGCAGGUCCGCUUACUGGGGGUGGCCAUUCUCGGAUCUACAACAGCCCCGACGUAUACAAGCUCGCACUCAACUUUGCGUUGAAAACAAUGGACUCUAGCCUUGCCGUGAAACAGCCGGUCCAAUUCCGCGAGAUCGACGUCUCGGAAGUAGGCAGCAACCCAUUCACACUGCCGUGGUGCACAAGAGGCCUGUUUUUCGAUGUCAAGAAGCGACUGGGCGACGGCGAGAAGGAGAUCGACAUGGUUUUCAAAGAAUUCGACAAUUGGAACCCAGAGUCCAAGGUUUUGAGGGACGUGAAAUAUCGUUUGAACGGGAUCAAGGAUAAACUAUGA